AUGAUCGGAUCUGUAACAGUUUCAACUACAGUCCAUUUGCUAGCCAUUGCGGGGCCAACCAUAUAAUGACUCAACUAGAAGUCAUAAAAAGCAAGCAAGACGCAGCUAAUGUCAACGUCUAUUGAAGCCAAUGAAAUAACCAUGUUUAGCCAAUCAAGGCGCGCUAAGCUGUUAUUGGGUUCCAGAAAAUGUUUUCAAACAUCGACCUACACCGUUACUUACCUAGGUGUCUUGAAAGAGUUAAAUCCUCAAGUGCGAUCACACAAAAAAAGAAAAAACCCUUAUACAUCCAGGUAUAUACAAGAUUAGUUAUUGAAAGUAUCACUCGAAACCAUGGUCAACCAAACCAAACCCCAAUCCUUCAAAGACAGAGAUUACUUCCCCUCUUUCCGUAACUGCCCGGGCGAAUAUUCGUGGGACGAUCGGUACCUCGCACUUCUCGAUCCAUUGAACCCAGAUAGCGCGUUGGGAAACAAGAAGCAUUGGUGUCUUCUUGCUGAAAUUAUCGAGGACGAUACUCUCAUUCAUCCUCGGAUCGUAGCGAAGGACCAUGAUGGAACAAAUUUCGUCGUCGCAUUUUACCCAGACAAUCCAGAUGACAUGCCUCGCCUCAUGAAAGACUUCAAGGUUGGGAACACUAUCGCCAUCUUUUACCCACUGGUCCAUGUGUUCCCAGAUAGGACCCUUGGCAUCAGAGUUGAGGAGUCCGACGAAGUAAUAAUCAUACCACUCAAGCUUUCUGAGGUUUUCGAAAUGAACAAAGAAGCCAUCAAAUACACACCGGCCGAUGGCGCUCCACUGAGGUGCCAUAGUUGUGAUGAGACGAGGGACAAGCUCCUCAGAUGUGUGCGAUGUGAAUCAGCCUAUUACUGCAACAAGGAAUGCCAAGCUACGGGUUGGAAUGAAAACAAACAUAAGAGGUUCUGCAAAGCGUUGAAGGAGAAGAACGUCAAGCGGAUGCAGUUCCUCGACUAUGGACAUUUUAAUGGUUGCAUUAGCUUCUGUUAACUUCUCAUGGCAACUUCGACGAGGUACUACUAGGUAAGCUAGGUAUUAGUGGUACACUGACUUGGGCCUACCUAUGACUAUCGCACGAUACUAAAAAUAAACAUCUCCCCACAUCAGUCACCUAAAUCUAGAUCUUUUUAUGAUAACUAUGGGAAAUGACUUAAGGAUUACCGUCCCGUCUUUGUGUUUACAUGUCCCCAUACAUUACCAAAGAUCUUAUCAUUCAAUGAAUCGUUUCAAAGCACUACAAGGAUACAUCUAUCUUAAAUUACAUAAUACACGUCUAC